GUCAAAAACUCUGUCGUUCACGAUUAUCUACAGUGUUCGCGUCCGACUUUAAGGUGUUUACAGACAAUUCAGAUUAAUGGAAGUUUCAGAAUCCCCGAUCCCGGUGAUAGACUUUGAUCAUCUCGGCUUGCACAGAAAAAGUGAGGACAUCAGUAAAUCACAAGUGAAAACUGUCGGAGAUCUUAUGAAAGAUGCGUUUACAAAAGCAGGCUUUUGUUAUUUGAAGAAUCAUGGCAUUGAUCAGGAUUUGGUAGGAAAAUAGAUGACAAUUUCAAGGACAUUCUUUGAACAACCAGUGGAAGAGAAGAUUAAACAUGUUCGGGGAAAGGGUCAAAAUUAUGGUUGGGUCGCGGUAGAGACAGAGAAAUUAAACCCAGAAAGGCCUGGUGAUCUAAAGGAAGCAUUCAAUUACCAUCUGGCGGAUGACCCCGAUGACUGGCCAACGGCGGAUUUUCAGCAAGCAAGUAGAGAGAUGUUUUUGCGAUGUACUGAACUUUCACAUCGGGUAUGUGAUGCACUCUCAGUAGGGCUUGGUCUUGAUGAGAACUUUAUGAGGAAUGCACAUAAGUCUGUCGGUAAGAAAGAAAAUCCAACAACAAUACGUAGUUUGUACUACCCACCAAUUCCGCAAUAUGUGGACAUAAAGCCUGGUCAGAUACGACUUGGGGAGCAUUCCGACUUCGGGACAAUAACGUUAUUAUUUCAGGACGAUAUUGGUGGACUUGAGGUUGAAAUUCCAGGGAAGGGAUUCGUACCAGCUACUCCGAUACCAGGAACCAUUGUUGUCAAUAUUGGCGAUCUUAUGCAAAGGUGGACGGCCGACACACUGGUGGCCACUAAACACAGAGUGCUCAUUCCAGAGGUAGAAUUUAAAAAAAGGAAACCUCGGCAGUCGGUUGUUUUCUAUGUAGAUCCAGACAAUGAGUACGUGGUAGAAUGUCUGGACGGAUCAAAAAAAUACGAGCCCGUCGCUAGUCUCGAUUACUUAAACUACAAAUUAGGUAUAACGUAUUAAGUUAUCAGGAGACUGAUGUAUGCUUAUCAGAGAUGCAGUUUAUUGAAUAGAAUUUGAUUGACAACUAACUAUUAUGCAAGUGCCUAUAAAAUCAUAUUAUAAAUAACCCUGGUUUCAAUUGCACAUGACUAUUUUCUGGUCCUACGGGAUCAUUGAUUUCAACUCAUUUAAAUUUGAAAAUUGAAUAGUGCUUAAGCCGGUGCUAGGGGGCGUGGGCAGUGUUGCAUUUUCCAUUACUGCUCAUGAACAGACUCAAUCAAACCGAGUCUGCAAUUUUCACUGUUUGCAUUGUUCUCGGUGCUUCCGAGGGAUCUACUUUCCAGAUUAUAUUUAUCUAGCUAGCUAUAAUAUUGGUCGCAGCUUUUUAUUUACAAAGAGCCAUACAAUAUAGAUUAUCACAUGUUUUAAUUUUUUGUUGUUUCAUUGCUUAUCCCCACCCUAAGUUCAGAGUAGUACGAAGAUUGUCAUUGAAAUGCUUCUGAAAUGUAAUAUUUUUGAACACUGAAAAAAAUACUAUAGAACUUCUCUUAAGUAGAAAUGUUGUUUUUUUUUCUUCUCCUAAACUGUAUCCAGGUAUGCAGUAAAUUAGGAAUUUGUCUUCUCGGGCUCUUUUGUAAUAGACACGUGUUAGCUAGCUGUCUUACAACAGUUGGCGAUGUUUUCAUAAAUAUUAUCCAAGGCACCUGUAUGACUUAGGGCUGAGCAGGUUGUUGAAGAUACAUCAAGUGG